AUGAUUGCCAGUAUCCUUCGUAAAUCCAAGUCUGGUAGAACAAUGACUCCUCAGCCUUCUGUCUUUUCUACCCUUUUUUUGGAAAGCGUUUUUGAAUGCUUAAUUCGGUGGAGACAAACCGGUGAUCUACACGGCGAGGCGAAAGCAUGCGCAAAUCUCAGUACCUGCUUCAAGAUGAUCGACAAGUACUCGGAGUCCGUGUUUUGUGCCAAACGACAACUCGAAAUUUGCCGACGAUUCAAUGACAUGCCUGCAAUAGCCCGAGCUCUGCACAAUCUAGGGAACGCCUAUCAUGCCAAGGGACGUCAGUUUAUUCAAUUCUCUGGUGUAGACCAUCUGGGGGAAUUCACUUCUGAGGCGAGGCAGGAUCAAGAAAGAGCUCUCGCCUGUUUUCAAGAGAACUUGACACUUGUCUGCAAACUCGGUGAUAGGUCAUCUGAAGGCCGUGCCUAUGGCAACCUCGGUAACACCCAUUACCUAUUGGGGAACUUCCGGGAAGCGGUUGAACUCCACAAAAAGCGUCUUCAAAUUGCGAAAGAGUUUGGUGAUCUUCGGGCACAACGACGGGCUUACAGUAAUCUUGGAAAUGCCUACAUCUUUCUGGCAGAAUUCGGUGCUGCAGCACGGAGUUACAAACAUGCCCUGGGCAUUGCACGUCAAUUGGGUGAUGAAACGCUGCAAGCGCAGGCUUGUUUCAGUCUUGGUCACAGUUGUACCCUCCUGAGAGAUUACUCAGCAGCCGUGGUUUACUAUCUGCGUCAUCUGCACUCCGCCUGGGAGGCCAAGGAUUUGGUGGGUCAGGGGCGUUGCCAGUGGUCACUUGCCAAUGUCUAUGCAGCCUUGGGUGAUUACCAACGUGCUUUGAGGAGCUCCUUACGCCAUAGAAAAAUAUCGAUUGAGCUCAAAGAUGAAAUCGGUCUUCUUGCAUCUGACCUGAUGAUCUCCGAGUUAAAACGAAUUAUCACUGAUUCUGACCAAUCAGAUUCACCUGUUGAGGGUCUCUCCAACUCACCUAAUCGUCUUCAAGCUGCGGCUGAAGCCCGUGCUCUUGAACAAGUUCUCCUAUUCGAUGCUGACAACUCUCAAGGUCAAAGUCACAGUCAAGCCGGUUUGACAGUCCUCGCUGUAUCUCCUUCUGCAACUACUACAAACAGCUUUAAAGUUGUGCAACCUUGCCAACUUGAGGUUCAAGCGCCUUUGGAACAGAUUGAGGAGCUGUGUGAACGUGAAUUGGAUGAAGAGUUGUCAUUGGCAACUAGUGCAGCUAUGACGGUUAGGCAGAAACAAAAAGAGAGCAGUCAGGAGAAUGGAACAAGUGGCGAAGGUGUGGAACUACUUUCUUUGAGUGAAGAAGAUGAAGAAGACUUUGUUGUAGUCAUAUCGCCCAGUGAGCCAGAUAUGAGUAAUGACACUCACUAUAACCCCGUUAAUGACCCACCAAAUCAAUCUCCAAAUGCUACGAAUCAAUCGGAUUCGAGUGAACUCUUGCUUGAUCUACUUUUCAAGUCGCAGGCUUUGCGAAUGAAUGAUCAGCGUUGUGACUUGAAUACUGUCACCGACAACAGCAGCAGCAAUAUUGAUGGGAAUGGAUUUCCGAAUGCUUCACGCGAUUCUUUAAGUGGAGAGAAUGACUCCUUCUUGGAGCUUCUUAUUAAUCUUCAGGGUGCUCGAAUGAAUGACCAACGUGCGGAGUUUCCAGGUCUGAUUAGAACAACGAUUACGACGGAUGCCAUACCGAGUGCCAUUUCUUCACCUAUCGCCAAUAACGAAGAUGUCUUUGGAAAUGGGUUGCAUAGAAACACCUUACAAACCUCUUCAUCAAAUAAUGCUGCAGCUCAUGGAAGUGCAUCUGGAAGAUUGAGGAGUGCUAGUGAUGGACUCACUGAAGGAGCUUUAUCUGCCGGUAUUGCCUCUUCUGAUCAGAUUCCUUCAGCCGCUGAUGAACUUGAACCAGGCGAUGACUUCUUCGAUAUGAUCUUCCGCUUGCAGCAACGAACACGUAUCAACGACCAGCGCUCAGUUUUACCAUCUGUUAUAAAUAACACCAACGGCCACAAUAAUCACCACCCCCACCACCACCAACAUCCAGCCAACCCCAAUCACCAAGACGUUCCCACCAUCAUCAACACUCCUGCCAAUGAUAAUUCCAACGGUUGUCAUGGCAAUGGCAACUGCAACAGCGAGACUACACCGCAUGGGUUAUUGCAACGUGUGCUCUCGGUACCCGGGGGAGGUAAGAAGAGACGGCGACCCGGGAAUAGCAAUCCUGGAGGCGCCACUACAAAGACCUCUGUUGCUUGA